AUGGAUCACGCCGCUGAGCAAGAUGAGAUUGUGGCUCAGUUCUGUGCCAUGACAGGUGUCCAGGCCUCAGAUGCCAUAGAAUAUCUUGGCAACCACAACGGAGACAUUGAAGCCGCUGUGGCUGAGUUCUUUGCGGAGCAGGAUGAGGCUUUACAGGACAUGAACCCAGCUGAAGAGACCUCCGGAACAGCUUCAGGUGGGCGAUCGCUUGGUGGCGCUGCUACUUCAUCUGCUUCGGCUGCACCCAAACCAUCAGUCACUAAGCGCCCGGUGCCCAAAAAGAGGUUUGCAACAUUGGGGGACUUUGCUUCAACAAGUGGGGGCGAUGAUUCAGAAGACGAUGGCUCCGAAGACCACGACUUUUUCACCGGAGGAGAGAAAUCUGGCUUGGCUGUGCAGAACCCCGAUGAUCUCAAAAAGAAAAUCCUGGAAAAAGCUCGGAGAGCCGCUCCACCUACUCACUCAGACGAACCCGAGUCUCGCCCCUCUCAUUUCACUGGCACCGCUCGUACUCUUGGUGGCGAUGAUGCCCCCAGCCGUGUGGUCGAAGAUCUCACUGCACCAGCCCCGCAACGAGCUCAGCAUGUUCAGCGAAUCCUCCACUUCUGGGCCGAUGGAUUCUCGGUUGAUGAUGGUGAGCUAUAUCGAUCGGAUGAUCCUCGAAAUGCCGAGAUCUUGGAUGGCAUCCGACAAGGCCGGGCUCCUCUGGGAAUUAUGAAUGUACAAGCCGGACAGGAAGUGGACGUGGAGCUUAAGCAACACACAGAGAAAUACGUGAAACCCAAGGCUCAAUACAAGCCCUUCUCUGGGUCUGGUCAACGUCUCGGCAGCCCAACACCGGGUGUUUUAUCUGCUCCUCCACCCGCUGAGCCAGCAACUUCCUCUUCCGGCGGUCAACCUCCAAAGCAGGACGUGGACGAGUCGCAGCCAAGCGUGAGCCUUCAGAUUCGGUUGGGAGAUGGAACUCGUAUGAGUUCCCGUUUUAACACCAGUGCUACAAUCGCCGAUGUUUAUGAAUUUGUCGCUGCCGCCACUCCGAAUAGCCGCGACCGUGAAUGGGUCCUGAUGACUACAUUCCCCAACAAUGAAUUGAAUGACUGGAAAGCAACUCUUGCAGACCUGCCCGAGUUUAAGCGCGGCGGAGUUUUGGUGCAAAAAUGGAAAUAG